AUGAAUGCGUACCCCAGCGAGCUGGUCGUCCAGCUGCGGCCGUGUGUGCACGUCAGUGGGCUUGUGCCGGAGCAGAAGGCAUGGCAUGAUGUCCUGCCUCAUCCUACGCAGGUGCAUCCCGAGUUGUGCCAGGCCCUAGUGGCGCAGCUGACGCGUCAUGCGCAGCCGCAGGCCUGGUAUCCACCGACGCGUCCGGACUAUGUGCGCAUGGUGUUUGUGGCGUAUGCGCACAAAAUUCCGCCGGCGCGUAUGCGGGCGGGCCUGCGCCUGCAGGAUGAGCAGGCGCGGCGUGUGCUGGGGGCCUUGCCGCCCCGCUCGCCGCUGUCGCCGCUGUACCCUGGUGGCCCUCUGUUUCCCGAUGGCAUCAUCUCGCCGUCGUGGAUUCGGAAGCAUACCGAGUACGUGCCGGGCGUGCAUGUGGCGUUUUUUUGCAUGCCGCCGCAUGAUACGGCGUCGCUCGCGAUGGACGCGGCCCUGAUUGAGGUCGUCGCUUCGAUGCGUGCCGCGUACGCACAGCGGGGCAUCAAGCUCAUGAUGGUGCUUCUGUGCGACCCGCUUCUCUUUGCGCAGGGCAUCGAGGCGCGCGUCGCGCAUCUGCGCCGUGCGUCGGGCCUCGAGGCGCGCGGCGCCGUGUUUGUGCUGAACACCGGCGCCAAGGAAGACAUGGCGCCGUUCGCGCAGAGUCUCAUGCAAGCGGCGCGGCUCGUGGCCCAGGACCAUUACCGCGAGCAUGCACGGCAUGUGCGCCGCAACCGCGCGCGGUACCCGCCGCCGCCCUCUGUCACUCAGCCGAUCAUGCAUGCGGCUGUGAGCGCCGGCGUCGCGAGAGCCGAUCGUGUGCCAUCGAUGCUGAGCGCCGAGGGCUGGCACAUUCGCAUGCACUACAAGCUGGGUGCGUUGACGGAGCUGCAGGGCGAGACGCGCGAGGCCCAUCAGCUGUACAUGGAGGCGUACCGCCUGCUGAUGCAUACGUAUCUCCCGAACGCGGCGCUCGUCGAGCCGCGGACGCGGCGGUGGGCCGAGGCCAAGGUGCUGGCCGAUACGCUCUCGCUCAAGCUUGUGAAGCUUUCGCUGUACGACGCACAGCGAUCGCUGGCGCACAAGCAGUGUCAGUACCACAUGUCGCACAUGUCGCAGCUGUGCCAGCGCUGGGGUAUGACGCAGCACGAGUACUGGGCAUGGCUCGCCAAGCAGUACGUGCUCGUGACCGACUUGGUCGAUGCGCUGCCUAUGCGCAUGCAUGGCUUUGACGUGCCGCUAUGGCGGUACCAGGCCGCGCUGUGCCACAUGCAGCGCGCGUGCUGCGGACGCCCAGCGGACGCCGCGCGUCGCGAGGCCCACGUCGACUACACGACGCCGAUUGUGCGUGAGUUGCACGCCGCGUACGAGGCAUGGAACCAGGCGCGUCGCGGGCGUCUCGCGCACCUCGCAGGGACGCGCCUUGCUCUCGCGUACGAGGAUGCGCAGCCUCGCAAGACGCUCGAGUACCUCUUGCGCACGCUGCAGUGGUACCGCCGGGACGCGUGGCGCGAGUUGACCGUCGUGCUUGUGGCCCGUGCUAUCGACUGUGCGGUGCGUGCGCAGGAGUCGUCGCACCUGGCGGCGCUCGUAUGGGACAUGCAGCAAACGGUGCCGUCGUCCCUCCGUGGUCUGCAGCAACAGGCGCUGGCACAGGCGCCGGCCGUCGAGACACACGAGUCUGUCCACGUCGUCGAUCAGCCGCCGUGCACGCUCUGUGUGCAUGCCGUCUUUGCUCGCGGCACGAGUGCGUGCGAUGAGGCGAUGCCCUUCCAAGUCGUCGUGGCGAUCGCCGACGACGCGCCUAUGGACACGCUCGACGUGCGUCAGUGCGAUCUCUAUGUCUCGGGUCAGGAGGCGCCGCUCCUCACACUCGCGGGCAUACCGACCGGCCCGCCGGGCGUCGUCGAUGUCGGCGACGUCGUAGCAGGGCAGGCGCACACACGCGAGGUGCGGCCCCUCGUCCUGUCCAAACGCGAGCCGCUGGCUUGGUAUGGGCGCCUCCAGGGUCGCGUGCCCGGCACGGUGGCAUGGCGGAGUGUCGUGUGCCAUGUGCAGCGGCCGACACACACCUUGAAGCUCGAGACGCGCAUUCCCACGCCCUCGAGUACGUGGCUCCUUCCCAGCGGUGCGCGCUUGGCUCUCCCACCGCGCCACCGACCGCAUACCCUGCACGUACGCGCGCCGACCACCGAGAUCCACGUGCCUGCGACCGUGUAUGCCGGCCAAGUCGUGCCGCUCACCGUCGAUGGACAGGGCACGCUCUCUGUCUCUGAUCAGGCUGCGCUCCUCGACGAGGACGGCACAGCCCAUGCGAGUAUCGCGAUACCCCCACAUACCCUGCGCUUGCAUGCCCCCUCGGUGACGACGCCAUGCGACUUGGAGCUCAGAUGCACCACUCGCGCAAGGCAGACACGUCGCAUGAUCCGUGUCGAGCCAUCCUUCACGGUACGCGCACAGGACGUGCCUGGCGCGCGCAUCCUGCAUGUCACGUACCAUGGCGCGAUGCCCGUAUGCGUCGAGCGCGCGCACUUGAACGAGGCCGUCUUGCAUGGUAUGGACCCGCAGCAUGUGUGGACGACGCACGACCAGGCCGUGUGGGCCGGCGUCGGUGCGAUGACGGGCCCGCCAACGCUCGUCAUCGAGUGGCGUCCAUGCCAAGAAAAGGCGCCGCUGUGCGUGACGCACUUGGCCCUCGCUGUGGCCUCGCCCUCACCGCCGCUGCCGGUCACAUGCACCGUCGCCGUGUCGACGACGCAUGCAACCGUGUUCGAGCCGAUCCACGUCGACGUGCGCGUGCACAACACGAGCGAGGCCGUGGCGGAUCUGGUCCUGACAGUCGACGAGACGGAUGACUUUGGCAUAGACGGCUUUCAGGGGCGGCUCGCCGUCUCGAUGCUGUUGCCGCAGGAGCAUCGCACGUUCCCGCUGACCUUGUGGCCCAAGCGGCCCGGCCCACUCGUCCUGCCGCGUGUGCGUGCCUGGGACAGGGAGGCAUCCGAGGUGCGCGUCGACCUGACCGCGCCCGCCAUAGUCCACGUCGCUAGCCAGUGA